ACGGCGAUGUUUUCAAAACCAGCACCGAGAGACUAAUGUUUAGCUUCCACCCUCCAACACACACAUUUCUUUUCCUAAAAAUAGUAUCUAUUUCGUUUUCUGCUCGAAAGUAAAUGACGAAGAGGACGUCGAAGUGCUUUAUGACGGUCCAUGAUGAAAUCUGUGAACCGUAGCUGCUGCAGCUAGUCAGAGGAUGCACCAUGGCUAAACCGGGAUCGGACCGCGAUGGAGCCAUGGCGGAGAAGACUGUGGGGAAGAGGAGUAAAGAGAAAAUCUCUCCAUUUCCCAAAACUCCAAAGCUCGAUCGGAGUGAGAUCUUGGGGAAAGAAGGGAAAUGCAAGUCUUCCAUGAAACGGAAGCUCUCCUUCACUGUCAGUCCACCCCGGAACGAGGAGCUCCACUCAGACACGGAUGACUCUGACCCGGGGCAGUCGAGCGAUGUGUGGGGAGAGAGAUUACUUCCUCCCUGCAGGAUAUUCGCAGACAAAGAUGUUCCGGAUAAGAAGAAGGUUAAGAAGGAGUCGGGGACUAAGAAGUCAACCCCUGUGAACAUUUUGUUUGGCUAUCCUUUAUCGGAACGAAAGCAGAUGGCGCUUGUAAUGCAGAUGACGGCGAGAGACAACAGUCCAGAUACGAUGCCAAGCCACCCGUCUCAAACGCCGCCAAUGCAGAAAAAGAUAGCUAGCAGCUCGUCCUCACGGCAGAAAGACAAAGUGAACAAACGAAACGAGAGAGGGGAGACCUCGCUGCAUAUGGCUGCAAUCAGGGGGGAUGUCAAACAGGUGAAGGAACUCAUCAGCCUUGGAGCGGAUGUAAAUGUCAAAGAUUUUGCAGGUUGGACGCCUCUCCAUGAAGCUUGUAACCUUGGUUACUAUGAUGUAGCGAAGGUUCUGAUUGGUGCAGGAGCGGAAGUGAACACGCAGGGAUUGGACGAUGACACUCCACUUCAUGACGCAUCCAGCAGUGGACAUAAAGAUAUUGUGAAGCUGCUAUUGUGUAAUGGAGGCAAUGCCUUCCAGGCCAACAAGAGAGGAGAGAGACCGGUUGAUGUUGCUGACUCUCAGGAGGUUGAGCAAUUACUCAAGGGAGAGAUCCCACUGUCAGAACCAGAAGAGAGCUCUUCAGAAUCUGAGGACCCACCUUCUGUUAAUCCAUCCAGUGUAGACGAGAACAUGGAAUACUCUGAUGCUGAAAAAGACUCUGACAAUAAAUCCACCACAGUGAAGGCAUCAUCAUCCUUGUCAGGGCUAGAUGAAUAUGAGUUCAAGGAUGAGGAAGAGGAGGAUGACCUGAGUAAGGCACUUAACGACAGACAUAUCCUAAGGCGAGAGCUCCGCCAAAACGAAAAAGAGGAGAAGGAAAGAAACCACUAUGCUUCCAAACAAGGCAGCAAAAGUGACCAGUCAACGCUAGUGUGCAAGACUAAAAAAACGAAGGCAACCCGUGUCUACUGCAGUUCAGACAGUUCAAGUGAUGAAGCCGAGGUGCCAUCAGAAAGGAGGAGCUCGCCGACUAGGUCGGUCAGUGUAGAUGGUCACAAAACUGACAAUAGAUCGAAGAAAGAAAUUCUCAAUAUUACACCUGCGGAGCAGAAAGAAAAAGGUAAACUGAAGAAAAAGAACAAGAGCCAAAGCAAAAACAAGGAGAACCAAGAAGUUCGAGAAGAUGGUAAAGAGAACAGCAAAUCCCUUCUUUUUUCCACGGCCACUGUGUCCGACAAUUCUGAUAAGGGUGUCAGGGAAGAGGACUCCUUCAAAAUGUCGUUCAGUGCAAAGGAUGACACAUCGGUCCACCUGUUUCACCUGUCUGUAGUCAAGUCCCCAAAGCUGAACCACAACCAAACUGACAAGCAAACAACCCCUCUGAAACAAGAAAAUGCUAAGACGUGUGUUUCAAUUGGCGAUGCGUCCUGUCCAGUGGACAGUGUCAAGUACAACCACUACACAGAGUCGGACUUCUGCACUGAAGGUUCGAGCAGUAAGAGCUGCAAACACAAGGAGAAAAGCAAGCAUCACCACAAAGAGCUCAGCUUAGAUGGAGAUGAUGGUAGCUCCAGUCCUUUCAAAGACAAUUGUCUUAGCAACAGUAUGGAGAGUUCUGAGGGUGUAUUCAGGAAGACUGACAAAGAUGGGAAAGUUGUUAAGAAGCACAAACUGAAACACAAGGAGAAGGAAAAGUACAGGAAAGAGUACGAGGCCGAGAGGAAUCACCAUCGGCAGAAAGAGGCCCGCAAAGAUGGGCAUAAGAAUAUGGAGUUCGAUCGGGAGUUUUGGAAAGAGAACUUCUUCAAAAGCGAAGAGAACGAAGAGCUCACUGGUAAAUGUGAGAUGCUUGGUGGCGAAUCUCCUCUGAAAUCUUCAGAAUCAUCUCCUGUUAAGGAAGAAAAAGGGGCAUCAAAAGACAAACAUUCGAGCAGCAGUAGCUGCAAGGACAGAAGGCCAAAGGAGGAGCGAGAAAAGGACAAGACCAUAAAAAAAGAGAAAAAGGAGGUUCCCAUCAAAGACGAGCGUGGAAAGGACGGAAGGGGAGAUGAAAUUGAUGACCGGACUGAUGGCCUUUGCUCUGGACGAAUUUCUGAGGGUUCAUUACACAGUUCUGGUGUGAAAGAGGAAGCAGAUGAUAAGCCGAUCACUGGGAUUUCAGUUGACCAAGAUCAACAGGAGUCUGUAGAGAAGAACACUCGUGAGAGAAAUGAUAAGCGUGUGCCAACAAAGGAUCGGGAGCCUGAGAAGUCUGAUAAAAAGCAUGCAGAUAAAGACAAGAAAGUCAAAUCUGACCAUUCAGCUGACAAGCCUGAAUUGCACAACUCCACAGAUCGAUGGAAAGAGGAGAAGAAAUCGCCAAAUGAGAAGAGCCAUAAGGAUAGUGAAAAGAUCAAGGUAAUGUCAGUGAUGAAAAAACAUGAGGAAAUCAAAAAGAAUAAGGACAAGUUUGACAAAAGAGCAGAGAAAGAGCAUUCUUCUGGUGACCACAAAGAUAAAACAAGUUCUGAAAAGAAAGCAAAAGCCCCUGAGAAAACCACGGAUCAUGCCAAAUCUGAGCGCAAUAAGGAAAAAGAACGGGAUAAGGAAAAAGAUUCUGACAAGAGGAAGAAAGACAAAUUGAAAGAGGCCACCCCCUCUUCCACGUCCUACUCCAAUCUCAAGUUGUUGUUGGAAGAGAAGAAAGGCUACAUUUCUGAGAAUAAUAAGGUCAUCUCAUGUAAAUCAAAAGAGGAGCUAACGAAGCCUUCAGAGAAAGACAGAGAUAGAAGAGAAAGGGAACGGGAGUCUGAAAGACAUCGAGACCGUGAGCGAGAUCGACACAAAGAUAAAGACCGGUCACAGCUGAAUAGAGAUGGUAAAAUUAGCAAGACGAAACCAAGUGAAGUGGAUUCCAAACCUAAAGUUGCACCUGCUCUGAAGGAUAAUCAUCCCAAAGAAAAGAGGUUGGUCAAUGAUGAUCUCAUGAAGACCAGCUUUGAACGCAUGCUUAGUCUCAAGGACCAGGAAAUUGAACAGUGGCACAAGAAGCACUUAGAGAAAAUCAAGCAGAAGGAAAGGGAACGACUAAAACUACGCCCAGGAAUUGACCUAGUUAAACAGAAAAGCAAGGAUAAAACGAAAACUCCCUCUUCGUCCAGUGAGCCCUUUCUAACCAAGGAACUAACUCGCUCCAAAAGCUCAGAAGUCUCGGAGGGUCAUUGUGAGAAGACCUUAAAAGAUGCCACCAGUGGAAGAACGCUCUCGCUAGAUACGAGAAAUCUCUCGUCCUUUGGAAAGAAUGGUCCAGUAAUAGAAAACAACAUUAGCCGAUCUCCACGACCGGAUAGUGAAAAAUCUGGCCUUAUGUCAAGAUCCGUAUCCAUGAUGUCUAUGGCAAGCUCAGAAGACUCCUUCCAGACAACCAUAUUAACCCCUAGACCCACUGAAUACGAUUCGGACCUCAACAUGGAAGCUUUAGAUUCCCAGCCAUCUUUCCUGCAGUCUUCCAACGUUCUACAGUCCUCCAGGUCUCCUACUGUUCAUGAUAAAGAUACUUGCAGUCUUCACGAAUCGGCUCUCUGCAAUCGCACACCAUUGUCAAGCAGGCAUCCUUCCCCAUGCUUAAGGGCAAUUCUGGAUGAAGAAGCGAAGGUGCAACCAGCAGAAACUAGACUGAGCGAAGAGUCCCAGAAAAUGUGUAUUGCAUCACACCCAAGCAAUGAGCAAACUGCAGUUCAUCAGACAGAAAUUAAUGCGACCUAUGUUCAGGAGACACGAUGUAAUCAAAGUCUCACCAGUACUCUUCCAGAUGCCGAAAGUCAUACAACUAGUAAUGAGGGUGAAGGCAUCUCUUCUGUUUGUCAAGCUAAGUCUUCAUCACACUUAGCAGACCUUAGCAGCCAACAAGGUGGCCUCACACAGGAUAAUAGUGUUUUUCAGACCCAUUUGGAGAACAGCCAAUCUUGCAACACUGGUAGUCAAGUAGAGCAGCCCGGUCUUGGUGAGCUUGAUGUAUCUGGUACAGUAAUGACAGAGGGCUCCAACAAGGAUUCUCCAUUAGGUGUUGAAUCACAAGUUGUAUCAAUUCAGUCCUCUCAGACACCGAAUUCUUUGGACAAGAAUGCACUUUUGCAUUCAAGUAGCCAGCUAUGGGAAACUGCCCUAUGUUCCAGCAAUGAGCUGACACAGAGAGCCAACUCUAGUCUGAGACCAGAGCAGAAAGAGAAACCCUUAAUUGUUGUGGAGCACAAACUGGACAAGAUUGGGGAAAACAUCUCCAGAAGAGAUAACACAAGCACUGCAAACUCAUCAGUUGGUUCAUUUAGAUCCAGCUCUGAGGAAUCUGCUAAACCACUGUUGAGAACCACCAACAUAGAGGAUACAGAAAAUAAUUCUGAAAGUGUCCAAGAAGAAAGUACAACAAAUUUCUCCAGUGAGUCAUUGGAUACAGUUGAUGCUCAAACAGAGAAACUCAAAGAUGGCCUGCUUUCGACGUCAACAAAUGUGUCUCACUGCACCAGUCCAGAGAGGAUCCCUGAAGAUUCAAUGGAGUUGUCUGAAGAGGUUUCGGACGAGAACCAAGUCACAGAGACAGAUGGCACAAAAGUCUUAUCCUCAGAAGAAAGUGCGACAACCCAAGCUUUAGCUGAAAGUAAGGCAGAUGUAGAGAUGUCAGACCAGCUUGCUGUUGAGGAGCUGCCUGCAAAAUCACACCUUCAGUCUAGUGGGGAACAAGGUCAAAGCAACACUGGAGUUGAGCAAGAUCCUCAGGUAGAGCCACCUAGUGAAGGCACCUCAGGAAGCUCUUCACCAUUUUCUGUUGCGGAGAGAGAUUCCGAUACAUCUGGGGCCAAAACCAAAGUCCGACUCAUGGAUGAGGAAGGUGAUAACCAGGUGACCCAUCCAAGGAAACGAAAGAUGCCUAGGGUUUUGCUUCAGGCACAAGCGAACCUAACAGCUCAGCAGGUCAAAGAAAAGACACAACAGUCCUUAGCUGCAAUUGUAGAUGCACUGAAGCUUGAAGAGAUCGAGCCUUACCAGACCGAGAGAGCGAACCCAUAUUAUGAGUACUUACACAUUCGCAAGAAGAUCGAGGAGAAGAGGAAAGUUCUUUGUAGUGUCAUUCCUCAAGCUCCUCAGUACUAUGAUGAGUAUGUGACAUUUAAUGGAUCCUACCUGCUGGAUGGAAACCCACUGAGCAAGCUCUGCAUCCCGACCAUUACUCCACCCCCCUCCCUAUCUGAACCACUGAAGGAGAUGUUCAAACAGCAGGAGAUUAUGAGGAUGAAGCUAAGACUGCAGCACAGCAUAGAGAGGGAAAAGCUGAUUGUAUCCAAUGAGCAAGAGGUUUUGAGAGUUCAUUAUCGUGCUGCAAGAACACUAGCCAAUCAGACGCUUCCAUUCAGUGCCUGCACGGUCCUAUUGGAUGCUGAAGUAUACAACAUGCCCCAGGACGUCCAAGUGAGUGAACAUAUUGGUGAUGAUGGCAAAACUUCUGUUAGAGAUCGGUUCAAUGCAAGACAGUUUAUGUCUUGGCUUCAAGAUGUAGACGACAAGUUUGACAAGUUAAAGACAUGUCUCUUGAUGCGCCAGCAGCACGAAGCGGCCGCGUUAAACGCAGUUCAGCGUCUGGAGUGGCAGCUAAAGCUGCAGGAACUGGAUCCCGCCACUUACAAGUCUACCAGCAUUUUCGAGAUUCCCGAAUUCUACAUCCCACUCGUGGAAGUCAAUGACGACUUUGACCUGACGCCGAUAUGACCUCGUGACGGCGUCCCAUUCUGAGAUAUAGAAAUGACGGAAACAAUUCGUAGGUGUCGGAUCGUGACAGUGAUGUCACGACAUGAGCGUAGAAUAAAAAACACAAAGCACUUGAUUGGGGUGGGGUGGGGGGGGUCGUUUGGUGUGUGCGUGUUUGCGUGCAUGUAUGUUUGAGGUUUUGUGUGUGUUGUUGUGCUUGUGUACCGUAUGUGAACGACCAGAGAAGUAACAAAAAUGAACGAAAAAUAAUACAAACAUCAAAUCGCUCAGUCUACGACAGCGCUGCACUUCACAGCCAUCGCCAGUUCAGUCCGUGUUCUAGUGCUGGUCCAUGCGUACCUGGUCCAAACGCACUUCACUAGGUGGGCAUCAGAUUGGCUCUCAAAGACUACACGCCUAACUGAAACGCACUUAACCCUGAGCUCCACUGGUGAAGACCACCAUUGGAAAGUGUUCGGCGAAAUAAAUGGGGGAGGGGGGGGGGGGUGUUUCCUCCACCAUCAAAGGGAUAGUUCACCCAAAAAUGAGAAUUAUGUAAUCAUUUACCCACCCUCAAGUUGUACCAAACCUAUAUGACGCACUUUCUUCUGUUAAACACAAAAAGAAGUGUGUAGCACCAUUCUUUUUCAUUGUACGGAGGAUAAAAAAGUGGGGUCAUUUUGCCUAACAUUUCCUUUCGUGCUCCAUGGAAGAAAGCUCAUGACAUUUGGGGUAAACUUUUGCCUUUAAGAAAGAGAUCUCAAUCCAACAUGUUUCUACGGUGAGUGUUCAUAGAUUAUGUAUAGAUUGUGCUCCUCAUUUUUUAACUUAUUUUAUACAUACUGACUGUGCGUUUGUAAAUAGCCAUGUAAUUAUUGUUUUUAACUUGUAAAAAAUGAAAGACAACUGAGAGGACAGAAAAAGUAAUAUUUUGAUUGUAAACUUUCUUUUGUCUAAUGUUUAAUGGACCAAAGUUGUUUUUACAUUGAAGUUCUUUGUUGGUGUCGUUUGUUGAUGUUUGCUUAACUCUUUAAGCAUGUGUUUUUGAAUUACCUUUUUUGUUUAGUUUUAUCCUUUUUUUAUUUUUAAUUGCUCUUUUCCCCUUAGACAUUCAUCACAGCCGGUGUAUUUUGACUUGUGAUUUCUAUAAUGUGCAUGCUUUCGCAGGUUCGUCCCUCUUUGAAAAGUUGUACCGUGGUGAGGUUUACUGAAGUGGUCCUGGUUCUUUUCUGCCAUCGUUGUGUCUAUUAGUAACAUCCACUUUUUGUGUGUUGUCCCUUGUGUCUUGCGCACAUUUAAAAAAAUUAAUUAAAAAAAUUGUCGUGGCUUUUCGGUAGAAAAUAAAAAACUUUUACAGUUUUAAUGUGAGAUCACAACAAAACCUAUUUUUUACAACAUAAUGCCUUUUGAACGAUGGUUCUAAAAAUAUGUCUAUUUUAAUAUUUACUUGUUACAUGAGGAUGUACAUAUUUGUAAUAUAUAAUUGAAUAAAUUUUAUUUGUUGUGAAAUCAAAAA